CAAAAACUAAUCACUUAGUUUCGCCUUCAGCUAUUUUUGGCGAUAGACUUGACCCUCGCCCAUCAGUAUUAACGAGUAUGAAAAGCUGUUAGGCUCGUUGGAGAGUGAUCAGCGAUUAUGGAUGAUCACAAGGUAGAGAGUCAGAUUAGUUCCCUCUGGAGAGAGGGGAAAUGGGAGGAUAUUAUCAAUUUUGGAAAAAGCUGGAAUUACGAGGCCUGGAGGAUUCUUUGGGUUUGGCCUUCCAUGAAUGAUUUGGACUGGAUCAAGGAGAUCAUACUGGAGCACCAAGUACAGGGAAUCAUCAGUGUUGGAUGUGGAACGGGAUUAUUAGAGUGGAUUAUACAACAAUGUACUAAGUGUGAGGUCAUUGGAGUUGAAGCAGACAAAUGUUGGUGGCAGAGCAAGUACUCACCGACAAUGUACCUGAACAAAAUCAUGUUCGUCACCGAAGCUAACUCCACUGUUGACAUACCAUCUAACUAUGCCAUGUUGUUUUGUUAUUUCAAUGAUGGCGAUGCUUUCUACGAUUACAUGAAAAAUUACUCAGGGAGAGUAAUCUUUAUCAUUGGACCAGAUAAAAACCAGAACCGUUGCACAGAUCCCUUGCCCUUUGAUGGUAAACUGAAUGAACUUGGAUGGAGACUUAGCAGAGCUCGAAAGUUGGAUAAUGAAAAAGAUUUUUUCACUGUAUACGUUCGCUUGAAAUCCGUAGAUAAUAAUAAAUGA